AUGGCCCCUAAAAGGAUCGCCAUCAUCGGUGCCGGCGCAGCGGGUAUGUCAGCGGCCUAUGCGCUCUCCGUCACCUCGAGCAAGUCCAAAGACAAGUCCGGCGAAGGCUUCGAAGUCGUCCUCUUUGAACGCUCGAGUGCUUGCGGUGGUAUGGCGACAAGUAGCGACAUCGACGAGACCAAGUAUGGCGCUUCGUAUAUCAAUGAUGGUGUACAAGGUCAGUAGAGCUUGUGAGGCUGUGGGAGAUUGUCGAUCGGCGAUUUGCUGAACCGAGCUCUUUCCUCCGGCUAUCGGACAUGAACAAAUAUCGACAGGCGCAUCUCCCGUAUUUUACAACACGUUCAAAGUUUUUGAAGAGCUUGGAUUUGGAAGUUCCGAGGUGGGGAUGCAGUGUUCGUUCGGCAAAGGCGACGACGAGUUUUGGAGCAACGUUUUCCCUUCCUCGGUCAUUGACAAGUCAGUCCACCGUGCCGAUCACCAGAAGGAUGCCAAGGGUGAUUACUGACAUGAUUUCUGACCGUUCAUUCCGCCUGAACCUCUAGAUUCCAACCCGACAUCAAACGCUUCGGCAAAGUUCUCACGAUCAUCAAAACCUUCGAGCCCGUAUUCGCUCUCAUCUCCGUCGAGCGCAUGCUCAAACUCUUUCGCUUCUCCCCCGACUUUGGCGAAGUAAUCGUCUACCCUCUCGUCGCCCUUUUCUUCGGGACGGGAAACCAAACUCCUUUCAUUUCCUCCGCGAUUCUCGAACGGGUCUUCAAGGAUCCUUCGAUGAGGUUGUUUGAGUACUCGGCGACGUCAUUCUUGGCGUCGAUUCCGGAGAUGAGGGCGUUCCCGAGAUUGUCGUUGUUGUACGAGACGUGGCAGAAGGUCAUUGAGGACAGUGGCAAUGUUGAUUUCAAGCUAUCACAUGAGGUGACGGGGAUAAAGAGGUCGUCCAAGGGAGUGGAGAUCAAUUAUCGUCAGACCAAAGGGACGGAUAAUGGACAACAAGUCGUCGAUCCCGGACCGGAGCAAGAGGACAAGUUUGACGAUGUCAUCAUUUGUACGGAUGCGGAUGCAACGUUGAAGAUUUUGGGUCAAGGCGCAAGUUGGAUAGAGAGGAAAGUGCUUGGGAACGUCAAGGUGAGGCUCGGAUCCGAUCACCGACUGUGACUGGUGAACAAGUCUUGUUAGGGAAGGCUGAUUUCGGUUGGGACUGUGGACCUCCACAGUACCUUUGGGACAUCACGAUCACGCAUUCCGAUCUCGAGUAUAUGCAAAAGGUAAGGCGAAAACCAUGUCUUUUGCUGUCAAAGUCGGCCCCUGAUCCCCUUCUCUUCACCUCUCGCAGCAUUACAACGUCACCUAUUCUGACGACCUCGCCUCGACCUCGCGAGACGAUGACAAGGAAGCACAAGAACAAUUCAAGUUUGCCAAAGAUCAUUUCCGACCAUUGUACUACAUUCGAAGCUACCCGAGUGACAAAAAGAAGAUUGAGAUGUCGUUCGAUCUGUAAGUCCCCCAGCUUGGGCGGCCAAGUCCGGCUUGACAGGGGCUGAUCGCGGGACUGACCUCUUUUACGUCUGUUCUAUAUCUAUCAAAUAGGACGCACUACCAACCGCAAUUCAAAGGCGAAUCACCCUACGGUCCCGAUCACACCGGUAUACCACCUAAUCAUCCCACAGCUCAACUCCCCUCCAAACCCUCCCUCGACGAAUCCGCCGCCUCCUCCAUCCGUAAAGAAGGUCAAGACGAUGAAGGCAAUCCCGAACCUCCCUUGAAGAAACAUGUCUUCCAGACCAUUUUUUUGGAUAAGGAUGGGAGUCGGGAUCUCUGGAGUAUUGGGGAGAUCAAAGAGGAGGAGAUUGUGAUGAAGAAAUGGUGGAAGCAGCAGAGUCAUAGGUGGCAGCAUUGUACGUUUCCGCUUCUGGACUCCCGAGCCCUCCUCUCAAGCGACGCCUAAUACGUCUCCCCCUUCUCGAUGCCCUUCUAGACGGCGGUACGGUUCCCUGGAUGAUGUUCCUCAACGGCAAGCACCACACCUAUUUCGCUGGCGCGUGGACGAUCCUCAACAUGCACGAAAUAGGGAUCGUCUCCGGGUUCGCAGCGGCGUAUAGGUUGGGAGCAACUUAUCCUUUCGUUGAGGAUGGGGAUGCGAAGAGGUUGUUUGCGUUGUAUUUGGGGGCGAGUCACGGGUGUCGGAUGGUGAGUUUGAGAUGUCAAAAGCAUAUUUUUCUCGUGACUAUGGGCGUAAGACUGACUCAACGGCUCUGUACCCGUUGUUACAGAGGAAACAAGAUCGUCAGGGCUUCUUCAUGUAA